AUGGAAAACUCGGAUUCCGACGAUGAAGGAGAUGGAGUUCCGGCCCAACGCAUAAGUCAAACGGACCGACUGGUUCGGGAAGAAGAUUUCUUCAGGCUUGUCAACAGUCUGAGUGAAGAAGAUUACAAACUUAUGAGAGACAACAAUCUUCUAGGCACUCCAGGUGAAAGUACAGAAGAAGAGUUGCUGAGAAGACUUCAGCUAAUUAAAGAAAACCCACCACAAGACUCAGAUGAAAAUACAGAUGGAGGAGACGCUCCAGAUGAUGUGUCUAGUGGCGACUCUAUAAUAGACGGGCUUAACUGUUUUGGACAAACUGAAAAUAUGACAAGUGGACAGAGAGAAAACCAAUCUGGGAGAGAAGAGGGCCAAAUUAAUCCUACAAGUGACCAGUUCAGAUUCACUUUAGAAAGAAAUUUUCACCUUGAUAAUGGGAGUCCAAAUCCAGGGAAUGAAUAUGUAGCAUCUGCAAGACUUCCCAGAAGAGAAAAUAUGGAAGACAGCCAAAGGCAAGUGGAAAAUCCACAAUCUGAAUCAAUAUUUACAAGACCAUCUAUGUCUGAACAAGAUACAACUGAAACAUUAGUGGAAUUCUCACCUACCAGAAGUCAGAGAAGAGCAAGAAGUAGGAGCCCAGAGUAUCCGAGAACCAGAGCAAGAAUUGAAAGUUGGUCGCCUCCACGUUCACUUAGGGAAAGUGUACAAAGACUUAAUCAUAGUAUACCAUCUCAGACUUCUGAGCAGCCUCUGGUAAGUGAGAAUGUGAGAUUUUCUAGAACUGAGCACCAAGAAAUAUUGAGACAGCAAAUGACUGGAUUUGAGUUGCAAAACAGUGGUCUUAUUGAAACUUCUAGAACAAGGAAUGCCGUUCAUGGAGAAGCUUCUCCAGAUACAACCAGCAGUGAUGAAUCUUGGGGAAUGAGGGAAGUAUAUCUGACCAUACCCUUCAAUCUUGAAGUAGGACAAGUUCAUUCUGGAGCAUAUUCUCAGAGAGACAGCACAGCUAGUAGAACUCAGUUAACAUCUGAGACACCAAACAACACCGUCAGUUCUGAAAGUGAACGAGGACUGAGGCAUAUGUAUUCACAUUCUGAGCAGGCAGAUGUGAGAGCUUAUGUCAUUACCAUCAGAAAUCCCGUUUGUAGAAUUUUAAAUACUAGCUUAGAUGAUACAACAUCUGUUCCAAUUCAGAGCACGUUAAGGCAGACAAUGACAGAAUUUAGUAACUCAAGUAACCUUAUGGACAGUGACAGUAAUUUAGAGCAUAGUGUCUCACCUCCAAGUCAAAGCAUGGAAUGGCCAGAGUCACCAGAUGACAGCGAUGGUCCUAAUGGUAGUAGUAGUAGUAGAUUUGGUUCCGAUUCAAAUCCUAGCUCCAGCUCAAGCGAUGAAAAUUCAGAAAUUGGCUCACUGAUGUUUGAAGGCACUGAAGAAACUAACUCAUCAUCAGACUUACCAUCAGAGACCAGGCAAGGGGGUAGACAAAUGACCCCAGUAAUAUCUGAUGAAAGUGACCCUUUGCUCUUCCUUAAUCUGGAAGAGAUUUUCCACUUAGAUGAAGAUGAUCUAGACCAACCUACAGGACUCAGCAAAGCACAGAUUGACAACUUGGCUGUAAGAUCUUUUGAUGAAAAUGAUGCAUUAAAAGCUUGCAGCAUUUGCAUGACAGAGUACACCGAAGACAGCAAGCUUCGCAUCCUACCUUGCUCCCAUGAAUAUCACAUUUACUGCAUUGAUCGCUGGCUCUCUGAGAACUCUGCCUGUCCUAUUUGUCGUGGGCAAGUAGUGGAUUCCAAUGAGACUGAAAAUCCUAAUUGA